AUGGCUCUAAGGACGCCUCUGCUUGCGAAUCAGGAUAUCCUUCUCGUCUUGAUAUUUCUCAUCAUCCGCUCAUUUGUGGUCGCUUGGAACGAAGGGCGCGAUUCGAACCAUAUCCGAUACACUCGAUUACCUAAAGACCCCUACUCCGUUAUUGUCGGCCCCCAGUACCAUGCCCUCCAUCACAUAGACCCUCAAGGUUAUUUUGGAUCAAUGGUUCGCCUGGUAGAUUGGUUGUUUGGCACAGCUACAACAUUGCGAGGCCGACGUAUCGCCAUGACAGGAGCACGUGGAGCGCUUGGACAGGCCUUAUUGAAAGAACUCAGUCAGGAAAAAGGCACGUCGAUCCAGACGUUACAGUUCGGACGUGACUGGAAUUACAACGAUUACUGCGGACUGGGAGAGAAACUUCGAAACACCGACAUCCUCGUUCUUGCUCAUGGGUCAAAGCAGGCUGACGACGCGUUCAAUGCCAACUGUGAAAGCGCCAUUGCUAUCAUUGACACUUUCAUGCACGUCCGCGAGCAACCGAGAUCUCUUUUACUCCCGGAGAUAUGGUAUAUCGGCAGCGAGGCAGAGCUUCACGGCGCAUGGACGGAUGAUAUGCGCCAUUACACCGACUCGAAGCGUGCUUUCGUUCCAUUUGCUCGAGCUUAUUACGACGACGAAAACUUCAUAUACCGGCACAUUGUUCCGGCGGCGUUCUCAUCCGGAAUGGGCCAGGCGCUCGUCAGCUCGCGGUGGGCAGCUAAACUAUCCUUGUGGUGGAUUCGGCGUGGAGCGAGAUAUGUACCUGUUACGUAUACUGGGAUGGCGCUUCUGAACUUUUUCCGUUUCCAGUACUGGGUGAAGCCCAAACAAGCUGUCGGCGGUGCAUAG